GCAGCGGCGGCGGGGGGGGCGGAGGCGGAGGGCGCGCAAGCGGGGCCGGGACCGGGGCCGAGCGCACCGAGCGCCGCCUUCCCCCGCCGCCAGCGGUCGCCCGCGCCCGCCCGCGCCCCGCCGAGCGCCUCCCCUUGGCCGCAGCGGCCGGGAGCGGGCGGUGGGUGGGGGGGGGGCGGGCGGCCUCCCCGGGGCGGAGCUCGGCGCCAGCGGCGGGGGCGCGGAAAUCGAGGCCGGGGCUCCAGCGCGGCCUAGCUGCAGCGGGAGGAGGCGGGAGGCCCGCCCGCCCGGCCGCCGCCGCUGCUCCCGCCGCCGGCCUUUGUCUCCGCUGGGCUGGGCGGACGCGGCGGGGGCAGUUAGAAUGGAACACACUGAAGGCCCUAUGAGAAGAAGGGAAAGCUAAGGAUGCUGGAGCAGAACAAUGGAUUUCUCUUUCUCUUUCAUGCAAGGGAUCAUGGGAAACACAAUUCAGCAACCACCUCAACUCAUUGACUCAGCCAACAUCCGCCAAGAGGACGCCUUCGAUGGCAGCAGCGACAUUGCUGAAGAUGGGGGGCAGACGCCCUACGAGGCAGCGCUGCAGCAGGGCUUCCCCUACCCAGCCCCGGCGGCAGAGGAGCUGCCCCCCCUCACCAACGGCUACCCCCCAACCAUCACCAUGUAUGAGCCUCAAGCCAAAUACCAGCCGUACGCUCAGUACCCCAAUGGUUCGGCCAACGGGUUUGGUACAGUCAGGAACUUCAGCCCCCCCGAGUAUUACCAACUGGAACACUCGAGCGCACGGCCGCACGAAGCUGGGGAGAAAGCUUCUCCUCCGCAGCCACCACCUCCACCACCACCUUCAGUUCCACAAGCGGUGAUUCCAAAGAAGACUGGCUCACCAGAGAUCAAAUUAAAAAUAACCAAAACUAUCCAGAACGGCAGGGAAUUGUUUGAGUCCUCUCUCUGUGGGGACCUUUUAAAUGAAGUACAAGCGAGUGAGUAUGCUAAGGCGAAACAUGAAGGGAGGAAAGAGAAAAGGAAAAAGAGUAGCAAGCAUGACUCUUCCCGCUCGGAAGAGCGCAAGUCACACAAAAUUCCCAAAUUAGAACCAGAGGAGCAAAAUAGACCAAAUGAGAGGCUUAGCAUGCUGGCAGAAAGACCAAGAGAAGAUGCAGUGUUGGAGGAAACCCCGGUCCAGCAGUUCUUACCUUCUCUUCCAACACAAGUCACCCAUGACAUCAAGUUUCAGGUUGGCGAUCUGGUUUGGUCCAAGGUGGGAACAUACCCGUGGUGGCCUUGCAUGGUUUCAUGUGAUCCACAGCUUGAUGUUCAUACCAAAAUCAAUACAAGAGGUGCCCGGGAAUACCACGUCCAGUUCUUCAGCAACCAGCCGGAGCGGGCGUGGGUGCACGAGAAGCGGGUUCGGGAGUACAAAGGCCACAAGCAGUACGAGCAGUUACUGGCUGAGGCUGCUAAACAGGCCAGCAACCACUCCGAGAAACAGAAGAUUCGCAAACCAAGGCCGCAAAGGGAGCGCGCUCAGUGGGAUAUUGGUAUUGCCCAUGCUGAGAAAGCCUUGAAAAUGACUCGGGAAGAAAGGAUAGAACAAUACACCUUCAUUUAUAUAGACAAAGAGCCAGAGGAGGCUUUGUCCAAAGCCAAAAAGACUGCUGCUGCUAAAUCAGAGACCAAGAAGAACCGGCGGCCCAAGCCAGCGCUGAGCACCCAGCCUGAACAUGCCACCGGGGCAGCAGCAUCGCCUUCGAGCGCUGAGGUGCGGAGGCAAAGCCAGCGGAGGCAGUCGAGUGUGGAGGAAGAGGAGGCUCCUCCAGUGAAAAUCGCCUGGAAAACGGCUGCAGCCAGGAAAUCCUUACCAGCUUCCAUCACCAUGCACAACCUGGACCUCCAAAAGUGUAACAUGUCUCCAGUUGUUAAAAUUGAACAGGUUUUUGCCCUUCAGAAUGCUGCUGGGGAUGGAAAACUCAUCGAUCAGUUUGUUUAUUCCACUAAGGGAGUUGGUAACAAACCAGAAAUAAGUGUCAAGGGACAAGAGAAACUGAAUUCUUCCUCGAAUCAGAGAAACGAGAAGGCAGCGGUGCAGAACGCGUCCUCUCCUGAAACAACUUCUGGGUGCACAGGUUCUGUAGAAAAGAAGCAACAGAGAAGAUCGAUUCGAACCCGCUCAGAGUCUGAGAAAUCCACUGAAGUUGUGCCAAAGAAGAAGAUCAAAAAGGAGCAGGUUGAAAUGGUUCCCCUGACAGCAGUGAAGACGGGAUUGCAGAAAGGUGCCAGCGAGAUUUCAGAUUCUUGCAAGCCUUUGAAGAAGAGGAGUCGUGCCUCGACUGACGUGGAACUGACCAGCUCCGCUUACAGAGACACGUCUGACUCCGACUCCAGGGGACUCAAUGACUUACAGGGUAGUUUUGGAAAGCGUUCGGACAGCCCCUCAGCUACUGCUGAUGCUGAUGCCUCUGAUGUGCAGUCAGUGGACUCCAGCCUGUCCAGGAGAGGGACUGGGACAAGCAAAAAGGACACCGUUUGUCAGAUCUGUGAGAGCUCCGGCGAGGCUCUGGUGUCCUGCGAGGGCGAGUGUUGCAGCGUGUUCCACAUGGAGUGUCUCGGCCUGAAGUCCAUGCCUGAGGAGAAGUUCAUCUGCACCGAGUGUAAAAACGGAGAACACACGUGCUUUUCCUGCAAGCUCCCUGGCAAGGAUGUGAAACGCUGCUCGGUCAACACGUGUGGUAAAUUCUACCACGAGGCCUGUGUUCGGAAGUUCGCCACGGCUCUCUUUGAGUCCCGGGGGUUCCGCUGCCCGCAGCACUGCUGCACUGCCUGCUCCAUGGAUAAGGAUAUUCAUAAAGCAAGCAAAGGUCGCAUGGUGAGAUGUUUCAGAUGUCCCAUUGCCUAUCACUCAGGAGAUGGCUGUAUUGCUGCAGGAAGCUUGUUUGUGUCAUCCCACAUUCUCAUCUGUAGUAACCAUUCCAAAAGGAAUCACUCCUCAUCAGCUGUAAAUGUAGGCUUUUGUUUCGUUUGUGCAAGAGGGCUGGUAGUGCAGGAUCAUUCAGACCCCCUGUUCAGUUCAUAUGCCUAUAAGUCCCACUACCUACUGAAUGAGUCAAAUCGUGCUGAGUUGAUGAAAUUACCUAUGAUUCCUCCUCCUUCGUCAGCUUCCAAAAAGAAAUGUGAGAAAGGUGGAAAGCUGUUGUGCUGUGAGUCCUGCCCAGCUUCCUUUCACCCCGAGUGUCUCAACAUAGAAAUGCCUGAGGGAUGCUGGAAUUGCAAUGACUGUAAAGCUGGCAAGAAGCUACGGUACAAGCAGAUCGUUUGGGUCAAGCUUGGAAAUUACAGGUGGUGGCCAGCAGAGAUCUGCAAUCCCAGGUCUGUGCCUCUCAACAUACAGGGCCUCAAACAUGAUAUCGGGGACUUCCCAGUAUUUUUCUUUGGUUCACAUGACUACUAUUGGGUACACCAGGGCAGAGUUUUCCCUUAUGUUGAAGGAGAUAAAAGCUUUGCUGAGGGGCAAACUAGUAUUAACAAGACCUUCAAGAAAGCACUUGAAGAAGCAGCAAAGCGCUUCCAGGAACUGAAAGCACAAAGAGAAAGCAAAGAGGCAUUAGAAAUUGAAAGGAAUUCAAGGAAACCUCCACCAUAUAAACACAUUAAAUCCAACAAGGUGAUAGGGAAGGUUCAGAUCCAGGUGGCUGACCUGUCGGAGAUCCCUCGCUGUAACUGCAAGCCCUCAGAUGAGAACCCCUGUGGCCUGGAGUCGGAGUGUCUGAACAGGAUGCUGCAGUACGAGUGCCACCCCCAAGUGUGCCCUGCUGGAGAGCGGUGCCAGAACCAGUGUUUCACCAAAAGACUCUACCCUGAUGCUGAAAUCAUCAAAACUGAUCGACGUGGAUGGGGCCUCAGGACAAAAAGGAGCAUUAAAAAGGGUGAAUUUGUGAACGAAUACGUUGGCGAGCUGAUUGACGAGGAGGAGUGCAGACUGCGCAUCAAGCGCGCGCAUGAGAACAGCGUGACCAACUUCUACAUGUUAACUGUAACAAAGGACCGGAUCAUAGAUGCUGGCCCAAAGGGGAACUACUCUCGUUUUAUGAACCAUAGUUGUAAUCCAAACUGUGAAACACAGAAGUGGACGGUGAAUGGGGACAUUAGAGUUGGACUGUUUGCUCUUUGUGACAUUCCUGCAGGAAUGGAGUUAACCUUUAAUUACAACUUGGAUUGCCUGGGCAAUGGGAGGACCGAAUGUCAUUGUGGAGCAGAAAACUGCAGUGGUUUCCUCGGGGUACGUCCAAAGACAGCAUUUGCAACAGCAAACGAAGAGAAGGUGAAGAAUGCCAAAUUAAAGCAGAAGAAGAGGAAAAUAAAAACAGAGCAGAAGCAGAUGCAUGAAGACAACUGCUUCCAGUGUGGAGACGGGGGAGAGCUAGUCAUGUGUGACAAAAAGGACUGUCCCAAAGCAUACCACCUCCUAUGCCUUAACCUGACUCAACCCCCUUUUGGAAAGUGGGAAUGUCCGUGGCAUCAGUGCGACGUCUGUAGCAACCCUGCAGUUUCCUUCUGCGAGUUCUGCCCUCACUCCUUCUGCAAAGACCACGAGAAGGGAGCGCUGGUGCCGUCGGCGCUGGAUGGCCGCCCCUGCUGCUCCGCGCACGACCCCAAGUCUCCCGUGGCCCCCGAGUACUGGAGCAAGAUCAAGUGCAAAUUGGAAGCACAGAACCCCGUCGAAGAAGCGAAGGAGUGAAUUUGGUUACAAACAGCCAAGGGAAGGGGUGAAGAGAGGGGCAGGCAGGCGAUGAACUCGAAGAGACUGCUGGACACAUUCAGCCUUUGUCAUCGUCGUGUGUGGACUUGGGAUCGGGACCAUUUCCUCUGGGCGAGCAGAAGCAGGCGGUGGUGGUCGGGUUUUGUCGUUUGGUCUUUCUUUUACCCUUGAAUGUGCUACAGCAGCUCUUAACUGUGGGAAACCAGAGACGUCUUGGCCUUCAAAGAAAAAACCUUUUGACAGUGAAAGGAAUAUUCCGUUUAAAAUACGUUCUCUUGAGUGUAGAAAGCAAAACAUAGCAACAUAUUUAUUUAUUUAAUUUCUAAAGGGUUUUCGGAGAUCUGGCUUUGCUCGGUCAUCAUGUCUUUAGAAACAAAACAGCAAAGCCAAGGUCACUUCUAUGUCUAGUUUAUGGAAAGGACAAAGCCUCCCCACUCUGUAACGCUGAGGUGCCACGCAGGCAGAUGUGGGGUUCAGACCGGGUGACCCUGAAAUGCCUCUAUUCCAGUGCUUGCUUUUAUAAAGGCAUUUUGAGAAGGUAGGUUACAUUCAUCUUAACUUAAUGAAUAUUGUUGUCAAGCUUUUCCAAUGAGAAAGGAGGCGUGUGGCUUCUUGGAAGUGCUCAUAAUGCCGGAUCUGGCGUUGGUUGAGGAGGGCAGGAAUUGCAAUUCCCUGCUGGAGCUGCAGUGGGUGUUUGCAGACAGAUGGAAAUGCAGAAAGAGCUUAAUGACACAAUGGUCAUUCCUUUAUCCUGCCUAAUGUUGGAAAACCUAGUCAGGAGAGCCUCAUCCUGCAGCACACUGGGAACUGAAGGCUUAAUCCUGCUUGUGGGAGCGCUGCCAUUGACUUCUGUAGGGGGAGGAGGAGAAAUACCUGCUCUGUGCGUGGGUAUUUGUCACCUGCCAAGUCCGUGCUUGUUUCACUGCAGUUACAUUGGUGUGAUUCCUUCCUGCUGCCUUCUCAGACUCCCAUUAGCUUCAAAUCAGAGAUUUGAGCACUGAAGGAAUCAGACCCACGUGCUCGUUUUGAUUGAAUGCUUAGGUAUUAUUUUUGCUGAGAGAGCUUUUGGCUUUAAUCUUCAUUGUUAAUGGAGCUAAGAAAAAUCUCAGCCCUUCUUUAAUGAACAGGGUAUUUUCUGCCUGGGUCACGGGCUGUGUUCACAGCAGCCAACUUUAGCCUCCUGAAACAGUUCUCUCUUGGAUUUCCUCUGUUAGAGAGGCUUUUGAAGGGGCUGCUCCAGGAGGAGUAGGUUCUUUUGAGAACCUAUUCUCUUCUCUUUCUUGUGCAAGGAGCCUGGAGAACUGCUUUCCCCAGGCUCAGCUUAGUCUUUGGUGAACCCUCCUCCCCUUCACCCAAGCACUGUGUGUCUCCCCUGCCCUGGUACAGUGAGAGGGCACUUCUGACGUGUGUACUGCUGCUUGAAAAUAAGGUAUUGAAGAUCAGCCUGAACAAGAGGAAUUCAGACCAAGUGUCGCUGGCAUCUGGCUGAAUGAAGCCUUUGGAUUAAGAACUGUGUCUUUAGGAAACUUCCAGCAACGUGGUGACUUCUCAGUUAGGAAAAUCAAAGGCUGAAAAAGUACAUGUGAGGUGGUAGAAGGUGUCUUGCCCCUGGCUGGUGUCUUAGUCCUCACAUUAGGGGCAAGGGGGGGGAAUGUGUUUGUGUGCAAUUGUAAAUGACAGAAUACACUACAGCCUCGCCAGUGCCAUUAACUGACCCAGCAGUUCAUCCCCUCAGCACCCAUGGGUGCUUGGGGUGUCCCUGGGGGGUCAGGUAUGGUACAGAGGCAACUGGGCUCUGCAAAGCACUUCAUCUUGUGGUCCAUACUUCAGCGAAUGUCCGAAACACUAAUCGUGCUUGAAAGCAGUGCUCUAUUUUGGUAUUUUUUACAAAACAAAAAAACCCUUUGCAAGAAGGUUUUUAUUUUUUCUUCACAUUUUUGGUGUGAGAAAUGUCUCUUUUUAAGCUCUUACUGGGCGUGUUUGACCUGUUCAGCAAUUCCAAACUGAGCUCUUGCUGCAGGAAGGCCCAAUGUGUUUACUUCAGCUUAUUUAUUAGGCUUGGGAAUGUUCGGAUGAGGUUCUCUUGGGAAGCCAGAGCGGGGCUGUGGGGUGAGUGCAGUUUUCACUGUGUCCAUGGUGGGGAUGGUGUGAGGGCACCAGGACCCCCCUUGUGAGCACUGCAUGUGGUGGGGAGCAGGGAGAUGAGAGCCACGGACCGUCCUUCACCUCGCAGGACACACGAAGGUUCACAGAAGGCUUAAAACCAUGUAAAAUGCUGUGAAUUGAGGGUUGCUGCUGCUCCUGUGCCAUGCACUCGAGGUCUUGGUUCAUUUUGUUCUCAAACUUCUUACAGGUGCUUCUUUUUGCCACCAAAAAUAAUAAGAUUAAGAAUAGCCAAAACCCUGGGAAAACAGGAGAUUGAUUUAUAAAGCUGGGGAGGAAAAAGUCUGAACUGGAUUUCACGCUGGUGGAGAGAAGGUGAAUCUUUCACGUUCUGAGAGAAGAAAAUGCCUCGUUGAAGUAUCUUGUUAACUGUAGGGUUGUUCUAUUUGCCAAACACAAUGUUCAUGCACGCUUUUUAACCACAUCUCUGCAAACUGAAUGGUGAUAACGGCAUUCCUUCGUAAGGAAGAGGUUUAAAGGAUGCUCUAAUUGGCAUCAGCAGAGGGGGAGCUGCUGUAUCCUCAAAUGGGAUAAGUAAUGCUGGGUGAUAGUUUGGCUGUUUCCUGCCGAGGUCUGGAAGAAAUCCACAGGACUGCUGAUGAUUUUGGUUGAGAACUUGAACCCGCUGUUGAAGACUCAGUCGUUCCUUCACCGGAACGCGCCGUCACGCUUUUCCCUUGCUUUGCCUCCCAUUCCCGAGGGAACACCACGCUCCAUCGCCUGCGUGCUCUCCCUUGGUGCAGCCUUGGAGCUGCAGCGUGAAGUGAACAGGAUUUUGUUGUUUACUGGAGCUUUUACUCACCAGUUUGCACCCUUAGCCCAGCGCAGACGUUGUGCAGACCGUGGCCAAACGCUGGUUGACUCCCUACAUCCAUGGUGCAAGCGUUUAGUUGUAGCUUUCAGGUCGUUCGUGUAGACUUGUCCUCUCAAUAGACUCUGGAAGGCAUUUGCAGCUCAGGAAAGGAUCAUGCUAAAGGCAAUGUUGUGGGCAAAUUACCUUCUCUGGUCACCACCCUGGUCUUGGAGAUACCUGUUGAAACGGAGUAGUAGGGCUGGAAUGUUGGAUUUUGGCCUUUCUUCUGAAGAAAACCCCUUGUUGUAUCUUUAAUUUCAGGAUAGAAUGGGAAAGACACCAUUCCUACACGUGAUGAACAGCAUACAAUCUGUAUAUAUUGAAACUUUACAGAACUCUGUGGGUUGGGUGGGGAGGAGGGCGGGAGGGGGGUGUCCAGCGCUGGUACGAAGUAGUCACUUUAACAUUGAAACCUCUGCCUCAUUGAAUUCAGGGUUUAAUGUACUUGAAGCUCUGCGGUUCCUUAUACAGCUUCUUUUAUUUUUUGUUGUUGUUCCUUUUAUUUAUACAUCCUUCUUUUUGUAUGCUCCAUUGAAAAUGUCUUUUGACUUCCCUCAAGUUCCUUCCUGCUCCCGCUGGACAGCGAAUCUGUGGCACACGGAAGGGGGAGUUUGCAGGCUCGAGAGGCGGCAACGUGGGGUGAUGCCGUUCAGCUUUCGGGUUUCCCUCGGCUUUCCCCUGCCAUUUACCUUUGUGUAGCAAAACCCAUUUGCACUUACGAUGCACUCCUCCACGUUGGAUGUAUUCACAAUGGUCUGAGUAUAAAAAAGGUAAAAAAACCCUAAAAAAAGGUGUUUUCUGUUACGUUCUAUUCCUGAGUGUCGAGCUCAGGUUUUAUUACCCCGUGAGGGGCUGUCUCGCUGCGCUGUGGGGAGAGGGACGCGGAACCUCUGUGCUUUGCACAGCAGACUUGGUGUGGUUCAUGUGAACUCCAAAAGGGAAAUCAUGUUGGAAUUUGCCAAAGCCAUCCUCUCCUUCACCGGCUCUGCUGUGGUUCUGGCUCCCGGUUACCAACCGGCGAUAGGGAACCAUUCCCGAUCCACCACCCCGUGUAUCAUUCCCGCUGUCGCUUUUCCUUCUCCAUCCAAGGGUCUGUCGGGCGCGGGGCUGCUGUCGGGAUCCGACCCCGUUUGCACAACACAGGUACGUGCAGAUCCCGUUUCCAUGCCCGUGCGCUCUCGAGCGGACCGGUGAGGAUGCCCCUUUGUAGAGUCGUUCUUUCUGUAGACCUCGUUUAAUCUGUCCCAAUCUUUGUAGAUCCUGUGAAAUGUUCUUUUAACGAAAUCACUCGAGUCUUUAAUAGCAAAAGCAUCAAUAUUCACUGAAGUCGGUAUCUUAAAAAGAGUUCUUGGGAGUCGACUAGAAGCUCUUGACACUAACGGAGUAGUGUUAACUUUCCCUGGCGAUGUUCCACUGGGGCAUUAACUGUAUUAUGACUUGAUGUUGCCGCAUAGACUUUGAGAUAUACGAUAUUUUGGGGGUUUUGUUGUUCGGCCUAUGUUCUCCUGCAUAGUGUGAAACCUGUAAAGCUUGGUUAACCCUGUACAUAGGUAGCUGACUGUCAACUAGUUAUAGCGUACCUAGAAUUGCCUGUAAUAUUUUAGCUUCUUACUGAAUGUGUGUGAUGGUAGGAACCAUAUAAUUUUUGUACAUUAUAUUUACGGAGAUGUUGCCUUUUUUUAUUUUACAAAUACUUUGGAAUUCAGAUGUGGUUUUUGCUUCCGUGAGGAUUCAUUUGGAAAGGUUUUUAAAUGACAUUCCACUGAUCUGAACUUUUGCUUGAGGUUGACUUCAAUAAAUCGUUCUGAAUGUUC